CAUCCACCUUCACGACGCGGUGACAACACUCAACAGAUACUGCUAUAGUUAGUUGCGGCUGGAAGAGUAAGAUGGAGAUUUCGUUGAGUAACAUUGCGUUCAAUGCGAGCGUUUGGGAUGUCAAACGCGCUGUGGGGAAAGUGUUGCACAGCGAGGAGUUCUUUAAUCCUACGGAUUCUAAGGAUCGUCCUGCGAACUUCAUGGUCACGCUCAAGCGAGGCCGUGGUGGCGUAGAAAAUAAUGGAACAGGAACAAUGACAGUUGGUUCUCGAAAAAUUGGCGACAAAUUCCUGAAGUGGAUACGUGCCGAAGGCAACUUUAUCUCUAUAAAUGACUCCAAGAUAUGUUUCUAUCGAAGCCAUAACAUGUGUAAGAGGCGGAAGAUCCAGAAACUGGAGAAGGUCCCAUACGUCAGCCCGGAUGUGGAGGAAGAGAAGGAAGAGAUCUUGCGGAAAUUCGAUGUCAGCUUACACGUUGACAAGAUCCAGUUCGGCGUAUUCUACCAAUUGCCUGGAUCAUCAUCGACUGCUUCUCGAGCCUUCUCUUGCGAGUUUGAAAUCAGUCACAAAAAUAAAGGCGCUGGGUUGCUUAGGUUCGAGUACGACCGCAAGCUAAUCCAUAUUCAAAUGGGAGAUACAAUGACAGAAGAGACUGCGCAUGACAUUGCCAUCACUUUUGUUAAUAUACGUGAACUCACCGUUGGCCUUGAUUUCGGUAAUCCUUUCAUCUGUUUUGAUAUAUUGACUCCGCCCAUAUUGGAGAAACAGCGCAUCAACCGAGAGCUCACUGGUGACGACUGGAGAGAUAAUCGGAAGUUUCGACAAAGGCUUAGUAGUUUGACUGCGACUCAUGCGGUCGUGGCGCCAUAUGCUCACCAGCUUCGUGUCAUCCUCAACGAGGAGCAGGGUGUCGAUUGCUUUGAAGAGCUAUGCAAAGUUGCAGGUCUUCAGCGUCCUGUCCGGGCUAAGGUCGAAGCCUACAACUGUGGGUUUUUCCUGCCAAAGAAGCUCCACAACAUCAAAGUAUGGGUGCGCUCUUUUGACUGGCCCGUUGCCUUCCAGCUUGAGGCUCUUCUUCAUAAUGGCUUGUUGACUACUGAAGACCUGCUCGGUGUCCUGCGUGGGCCCGUUGUCGACCUCUACGACAAGCAGCGCGUGCAGGCUGGCGAGGUUCUUCGCCUCUACUCGGCGGAGUUACGUUCUCGUAAGUCUGAGGAAACUCCUAUGCAGUGCUUUAAUCGUAUUCGAAACGAAGACGUGGAAUCCACGCCCCUCCUUCCUGGCAACUUCGCUUGUCAUCAUAUCACAUUCACUCCAACGCGGAUGAUCCUGGAAGGUCCUUACGUGAUACAAUCUAAUCGUGUCAUUCGCCGGUACGCGGACCAUCAAGAGCACUUUAUAAGAGUAGAUUUUAGAGAUGAAGAUCGAUUGCAGUAUCGUUGGGCGCGUGAGGUUGACGGGCUGUCUCUGCUCGAGGAGCGCGUAGGUGGAGUCCUCAAGAAUGGCUUUGAACUCGCCGGACGUGAGUUUGAGUUCCUUGCUUACUCCUCCUCGGCGCUGCGCGAGCAUUCGGUCUGGUUCAUGAAUCCCUUCCACCACCCCACCGAAGGCUACGUCACCUCCCAGAGAAUCAGAGAUAGCCUGGGUGACUUCUCGGGCGUUAUUAGACAACCGUCAAAAUAUGCAGCUCGCAUAGCACAGGCGUUCACAGCCACCGACCCGUCGGUCUCGAUCACGAAGGAUCAUUGGGAAGAGAUGGAUGAUCUGGGACACGGAGAUUACCUGUUCACUGAUGGCGUUGGUACGAUAUCAGUGCAAUUAGGUGAUAUGAUUUGGGAAGCACUAUGCAAUGCCAGACCAGAAUCGAGGCAAAGAUGCAUCAAACCAUCUGCCGUAAGUUAUAAGGGCAUGGUAGUCAUCGAUGCGCGACUAGACGGUGUUAAGAUGAGACUGAGGCCAUCUAUGAACAAGUUCAAGGCCCAUAACGAGGAUCUGGCAGAGAUUGAGAUCGCCCGAGCAUUUGAGCGACCGGGAAAGUGCUAUCUGAACCGCCCAUUAGUCAUGAUUCUGGAGGACCGCGGCGUCGAUAAAAAGACCUUUUUGAAGCUACAGGAGACUGCCAAGACGGCUGUUUACACAGCCACGGAUUCCAUCGCAAAUGCCAUCGACUUUCUCAGAGACCAUCAGCUGGGCGCAGCAUUCCGCCUUCCUUACAUAUUGGAGUCCCUAGAGAAGCUUGGCAUGGGCUUUGGGAUCGAAGGUCCAGAACGCACGAUUGACGACCCUUUUAUUGACCGAUUGAUUCAAUACUCCAAAAACCAUGUUUUGCGCGACAUCAGGCAUGGAGCGCGUAUCCUUAUCCCGGAUAGUUAUAAACUUGUUGGCGUCGCUGAUGAAGGACCUGCCUACCAACAAGAGGGUGUCGAGAAUGUCUUCUGUCUGAGUCCUGGCCAGAUUUAUGCGUGCAUACAAGAUCGAGAUGAUGAGGCUCCCAGGUACCUCAAAGGUGCUGUGAUAAUCGAGCGAAGUCCAGUGGUCCAUCCAGGAGAUGUUCAACGGGUCACUGCUAUUGGUGAACCUCCAGCCGACAAAGUCUGUUUCUUCCGCAACCUGAAGAACGUCGUUGUGCUGCCAUCAGUCGGUGACCGUUCGUUGGCGUCCUGUCUCGGAGGUGGCGAUUUAGAUGGAGAUCUCUAUUCUGUCAUCAAGUACGGUGCGCUACUCCCGCCAGAACAUGAAAAACCAGCAGAGUAUCCUCCGGGCGAGAAGAACGAGCUCGACCGCGAUAGUACAAUAGAGGACAUAUGCGACUUCGUUGUUGAAUAUUUCAACUCUGAUGUCCUCGGUCUAUUGUCCGACAGGCAUCUCGUAAUAGCAGGUAACUCAUACAUAUUCCAGAAUGGGACGCGUGAUAAGAAGUGUCUGAAGCUCGCUCAACUCUGCAGUCAAGCAGUGGAUUAUCCCAAAAACGGAGUGCCCGCUGAAGAUGUGAAUCCACUUCAUACAGAGUUCUACAAUUCGACCCGUGCACUCGGAGAACUGUACCGAAACAUACGAAUUGUGGACCCGACGGCGUCGUCCCAAGCGGGCCCCGCGACCAACGGAGGCUCAUCCAAAGUAAAGCCACUGUCAGAUGCCAUCUCAGUGGCCUUGAAGCCCUCCAUUGAACACCAGCUGCAUCACUCUCGCAAUGAGGACCGAUACGUUGCGGACAUGUCCAAGCUCUUCCAGAAGUACGCGGAUGAGCUGCGUUAUAUUUGUAUGACUCACACACUCUCCGACGCGCCGGACGUGCGGCUGGUCGAGGAAGAGGUAGUGGUCGGAACGAUUAUGGCGAAAUGUUCGCAGAAACGUUGGCGGCAAGAUCGUAUACAGCGGAUGCACUUGCACUCGUCGACGCUUGUCGAGCAUAUCAAGCUGCAGCUGUUCAAUCCAACGCAACCUUAUUCACAUAGUGACCUAACUUAUGCUCUGUCGCAAGCUUGGCUUGCAUGGGACUUCAGCUCGCGAAACAAAACGGUUUUCGGAGCUAACAGCUUCGGGUUGAUCGCUUUGGAAGUGGUGUUCGAUAUACUUGACAAACUCACUGUCACACGUCCGUAAAUUUUUUUGAUCCAUAUAAUUGGGAUGGUUCGCAAUAGGUUGUAGUCUACUCGGAAGAGACUGAAGAACAAGGGACAAAGGUGUCCCAGGAAUCUUCCUUCGAUGUACUGUGCGUCAAAUGGAUUUGUAUGUACUCUAGAGCACCUGAAGGGAACUGGUCACUUCCACAAGGCAUGUACUAUCGACGUGGUACAGCACGAGGGACAGUCCAUCUGCCC